ACCGGAGACCACGGGCACGCGGGCUUGACCCCGAGGUGCGCCGCGCCCCUGAGAGCGGCAGUUUUAUAUUAAAAGAGCACAAUCAUGUUUCGGAAUAGUCUCAAGAUGCUUCUUACUGGUGGGAAAUCGAGUCGGAAAAACAGGUCAAGUGAUGGAGGAAGCGAGGAACCACCGGAUCGAAGACAGUCGAGUGUAGAUUCUCGCCAAAGCCGCUCUGGGCAAGGUGGCAUCUCCACAGAAAGCGACUGUGCUUUUGAGCCAGACUACGCUGUUCCACCACUUGCAGUGAGUGAAGGUAUGCAGCACAUUCGGAUUAUGGAGGGCAUGUCUCGCUCUCUUCCAUCCUCCCCCUUACUCACACAUCAGUCUAUCAGUGUUCGGCUCCAACCUGUGAAGAAGUUAACUGCCCCCCUGAGGAAGGCAAAGUUUGUUGAGAGCCCACGAAUUCCAGAAUCCGAGCUUGGCUCCCCAACUCUCACUUCAGCUCAGAAACUGGACGUGGAUGCAUACUGCCCUGGUGAUGUUGAACAGGAACUUGGUCCACCUCCCUCUGUAGAUGAGGCAGCAAACACACUCAUGACUCGUCUGGGUUUCCUCCUUGGAGAGAAAGUUCCAGAAGUACAGCCAGGUGAUCAGUACAGCAUGGAAGUACAGGAUGAAAAUCAGACCUCAGCAAUCACCCAGCGGAUAAGUCCCUGCUCCACCCUGACUAGCAGCACUGCCUCUCCCCCUGCCAGCAGCCCCUGCUCUACGCUCCCACCAGUCAGUACAAAUGCAGCUGCCAAGGACUGUAGCUAUGGCGCUGUCACCAGUCCAACCUCCACCCUGGAAAGCAGGGACAGUGGCAUCAUUGCUACGUUGACAAAUUAUUCAGAAAACAUGGAGCGUACAAAAUAUGUUGGGGAAAGUGGUAAAGAAUUAGGAUCUGGAGGAAACCUAAAACCAUGGCAGUCGCAGAAAUCCAGCAUGGACUCCUGUCUGUAUCGUGUAGACGAGAAUAUGACUGCCUCCACAUACAGUCUGAAUAAGAUCCAAGAGAGGAAUUUGGAAACGGUUUUAUCCCAAUCAGUACAAUCUAUUCCUUUGUAUCUCAUGCCUCGACCAAAUUCAGUAGCAGCUACCAGUUCUGCCCAUUUGGAGGACCUUGCUUACCUGGAUGAGCAGAGACAUACUCCUUUGAGAACUUCUCUUCGAAUGCCAAGACAGAGCAUGGGUGGAGUUCGUACCCAGCAGGAUCUAAGAGUUCGCUUUGCACCUUAUAGACCUCCAGAUAUCUCCCUGAAGCCCCUACUCUUUGAAGUGCCCAGCAUCACCACAGAGUCAGUGUUCGUUGGCCGAGAUUGGGUAUUCCAUGAGAUUGAUGUUCAGCUUCAGAGUUCAAAUGCCAACGUGAACCAAGGAGUAGUGAUCGUGGGAAACAUUGGGUUCGGAAAAACUGCCAUCAUCUCCAGACUGGUGGCCCUCAGCUGCCAUGGUACACGGAUGAGACAGAUUGCCUCUGAUAGCCCACACGCCUCCCCUAAACAUGUAGAUGCCAACAGAGAACUACCGCUCACCCAGCCACCUUCAGCCCAUUCAUCUAUUACCAGUGGAAGCUGCCCAGGAACUCCAGAAAUGCGUAGACGGCAGGAGGAGGCCAUGCGAAGACUUGCCUCACAGGUGGUUGCCUAUCACUACUGCCAAGCAGAUAAUGCCUACACCUGCCUGGUACCAGAAUUCGUCCACAAUGUUGCUGCCCUGCUCUGCCGCUCACCUCAGCUGACAGCUUACCGGGAGCAGCUUCUUCGGGAACCUCACCUGCAAAGCAUGCUAAGCCUCCGGUCCUGUGUUCAAGACCCCAUGGCCUCCUUCCGGAGGGGAGUUCUAGAACCCCUAGAGAACCUCCACAAAGAGAGAAAAAUCCCAGAUGAAGAUUUCAUCAUUUUAAUUGAUGGAUUAAAUGAAGCAGAAUUUCACAAACCGGAUUAUGGGGAUACAAUUGUAUCAUUUCUGAGUAAAAUGAUUGGAAAUUUUCCUUCUUGGCUCAAACUAAUUGUAACAGUUAGGACCAGUUUACAGGAAAUUACCAAGUUGCUGCCUUUCCAUAGGAUUUUUUUGGAUCGACUAGAAGAGAAUGAAGCCAUAGACCAAGACCUUCAGGCUUACAUCCUGCACCGGAUUCACAGCAGCUCAGAGAUUCAGAAUAACAUCUCACUUAAUGGCAAGAUGGACAAUACUACAUUUGGCAAACUCAGUUCUCACCUCAAGACCCUCAGUCAAGGGUCUUAUCUAUACCUGAAACUAACAUUUGACCUCAUAGAGAAAGGCUACCUAGUGCUAAAGAGCUCUAGCUACAAAGUGGUUCCUGUUUCACUAUCUGAGGUUUAUUUACUCCAGUGCAAUAUGAAGUUCCCAACUCAGUCUUCCUUUGACCGUGUGAUGCCUCUUCUGAAUGUGGCAGUGGCGUCUCUCCACCCACUUACUGAUGAACAUAUCUUCCAGGCCAUCAAUGCUGGGAGCAUUGAAGGCACACUAGAAUGGGAAGACUUUCAGCAAAGAAUGGAGAAUCUCUCCAUGUUCCUAAUAAAGCGCAGAGACAUGACUCGAAUGUUUGUGCACCCCUCUUUUCGAGAAUGGCUUAUCUGGAGAGAAGAAGGAGAGAAAACCAAAUUUCUCUGUGAUCCCAGGAGUGGCCACACUUUACUUGCCUUCUGGUUUUCCCGCCAAGAGGGAAAACUAAAUCGACAGCAGACUAUUGAACUGGGACAUCACAUUCUCAAAGCACACAUCUUUAAGGGUUUGAGUAAGAAAGUUGGUGUAUCAUCCUCCAUCCUCCAAGGUCUCUGGAUCUCCUAUAGCACAGAAGGUCUUUCUAUGGCGUUGGCAUCUUUACGAAAUCUCUACACUCCAAAUAUAAAGGUCAGCAGACUGCUGAUUUUGGGAGGUGCCAAUAUUAAUUACCGGACAGAGGUUUUAAAUAAUGCUCCAAUCCUAUGUGUCCAGUCUCACCUUGGUUAUACAGAAAUGGUAGCCCUGCUUUUGGAAUUUGGGGCCAAUGUGGAUGCCUCUUCUGAGAGUGGCCUGACUCCUCUGGGUUAUGCUGCAGCAGCAGGGUUCCUGAGCAUCGUGGUCUUGCUGUGCAAGAAACGGGCCAAGGUAGAUCACUUGGAUAAGAAUGGGCAGUGUGCUUUGGUUCAUGCUGCUCUACGGGGUCAUCUAGAGGUUGUCAAGUUUCUCAUUCAGUGUGACUGGACAAUGGCAGGCCAGCAGCAAGGAGUGUUUAAGAAGAGCCAUGCCAUCCAGCAGGCCCUCAUUGCUGCAGCCAGCAUGGGUUACACUGAGAUUGUCUCCUACCUACUUGAUCUUCCAGAAAAAGAUGAAGAGGAAGUGGAGCGAGCUCAGAUCAACAGUUUUGACAGUCUCUGGGGAGAGACAGCCCUGACAGCCGCAGCAGGAAGGGGCAAACUGGAUGUGUGCCGUCUGCUUCUGGAACAAGGGGCAGCAGUGGCCCAGCCAAACCGCAGAGGAGCGGUGCCCCUUUUCAGCACUGUUCGCCAGGGCCACUGGCAGAUUGUUGACCUUUUACUUACCCACGGAGCUGAUGUCAACAUGGCAGACAAGCAGGGUCGCACUCCCCUGAUGAUGGCUGCUUCUGAAGGCCAUCUAGGAACCGUGGACUUUCUACUUGCACAAGGUGCCUCUAUUGCCCUAAUGGACAAAGAAGGAUUGACAGCCCUCAGCUGGGCUUGUUUGAAGGGCCAUCUCUCCGUAGUACGUUCUCUGGUUGAUAAUGGAGCUGCUACAGACCAUGCUGACAAGAAUGGCCGCACCCCACUGGAUCUGGCAGCUUUCUAUGGCGAUGCUGAGGUGGUCCAGUUCCUGGUGGAUCAUGGGGCCAUGAUUGAGCAUGUUGACUACAGCGGGAUGCGUCCUUUGGAUAGGGCAGUGGGUUGCAGGAACACUUCUGUUGUAGUCACUCUGCUGAAGAAAGGAGCCAAAAUAGGUUGUCAGACGUUACCGAGUCGCCCACGAGGUCCAGCCACCUGGGCGAUGGCCACCUCCAAACCAGACAUCAUGAUCAUCCUGUUGAGCAAGCUGAUGGAAGAGGGGGACAUGUUUUAUAAGAAAGGUAAAGUAAAGGAAGCUGCCCAGCGCUACCAGUAUGCUCUGAAGAAAUUCCCUAGAGAAGGGUUUGGUGAGGACUUGAAAACCUUCCGGGAGCUAAAAGUAUCUCUGCUCCUCAACCUCUCUCGAUGCCGCAGGAAAAUGAACGACUUUGGAAUGGCGGAGGAAUUUGCUACUAAGGCCCUGGAGCUGAAACCGAAAUCUUAUGAAGCAUACUAUGCGAGAGCAAGGGCAAAGCGCAGCAGCAGACAGUUUGCAGCAGCCUUAGAAGACCUGAAAGAGGCCAUCAAGCUAUGUCCAAACAACCGUGAGAUCCAGAGGCUUCUAAUGCGAGUGGAGGAGGAAUGUAGACAGAUGCAGCAGCAGCAGCAGCAGCCACCACCGCCGCCCCAGCAACCUCAGCAGGAGUUACCAGAGGAAGAGACAGAGCCCGAGCCCCCGCAUGAAGAUAUAUACUCUGUUCAAGACAUAUUUGAGGAGGAGUACUUGGAACAGGAUGUUGAAAACGUUUCUAUUGGCCUCCAGACAGAGGCUAGACCCAGUCAGGGGCUCCCAGUAAUUCAGAGCCCACCUUCCUCUCCAGCUCAUCGGGACUCAGCCUAUAUCUCUAGCUCACCUCUUGGCUCUCAUCAGGUUUUUGACUUCCGGUCCAAUAGUUCUGUAGGUUCUCCCACUAGACAAGGUUAUCAGUCCACCUCACCUGCUCUUUCUCCAACUCACCAGAAUUCUCAUUACAGGCCUAGCCCACCACAUACAUCCCCAGCUCAUCAGGGUGCAUCUUACCGGUUCAGCCCACCUCCUGUGGGAGGGCAGGGCAAGGAAUACCCGAGCCCUCCCCCUUCCCCUCUCCGUAGAGGCCCUCAGUACCGGGCCAGCCCUCCAGCUGAGAGCAUGAGUGUCUAUAGAUCCCAGUCUGGCUCCCCUGUACGCUAUCAGCAAGAAACAAAUGUGAGUCAGCUACCUGGUAGACCAAAAUCCCCACUAUCCAAGAUGGCCCAGCGGCCCUACCAGAUGCCUCAGCUUCCAGUAGCAGUUCCCCAGCAAGGGCUCAGGCUACAGCCUGCCAAGGCCCAGAUUGUAAGAAGUAACCAGCCUAGCUCAGCAGUCCACUCAAGCACUGUCAUCCCGACAGGAGCCUAUGGCCAAGUAGCCCAUUCGAUGGCUAGUAAAUACCAGUCUCCACAAGGAGAUAUGGGAGUGAGUCAGAGCCGAUUGGUUUAUCAGGGAUCCAUAGGGGGGAUUGUAGGAGAUGGGAGACCCGUACAGCAUGUCCAAGCCAGCCUGAGCGCCGGUGCCAUCUGUCAGCAUGGAGGAUUGACCAAAGAAGAUCUGCCACAGAGACCCUCCUCUGCCUAUCGAGGUGGCAUGAGGUACAGCCAGACACCACAGAUUGGGCGUAGCCAGUCAGCAUCCUAUUAUCCAGUCUGUCACUCAAAACUAGAUCUGGAACGUUCCUCCAGCCAGCUGGGUUCCCCUGAUGUGUCACAUUUAAUCAGAAGACCUAUCAGUAUCAACCCUAAUGAAAUUAAGCCCCACCCACCAACUCCCAGGCCACUGCUGCACUCGCAGAGCGUGGGCCUUCGCUUUUCUCCAUCUAGCAAUAGCAUCGCGUCCACCUCCAACCUGACUCCCACCUUCCGGCCUUCUUCUUCAAUUCAGCAAAUGGAGAUCCCACUGAAGCCAACAUAUGAUAGGUCAUGUGAUGAACUGUCACCAGUGUCUCCCACUCAGGGAGGCUACCCUAGUGAGCCCACCCGAUCCAGGACCACACCAUUCAUGGGGAUCAUAGAUAAAACUGCCCGGACUCAACAGUACCCCCACCUUCACCAGCAGAAUCGGACCUGGGCAGUGUCGUCCGUGGAUACCGUUCUCAGUCCCACAUCUCCAGGCAGCCUGCCUCAGCCUGAGUCCUUCAGUCCACCAUCAUCCAUCAGCAACAUUGCCUUUUAUAACAAAACCAACAAUGCACAGAAUGGCCAUUUGCUGGAGGACGAUUAUUACAGCCCCCAUGGGAUGCUGGCUAAUGGGUCACGUGGAGACCUCUUGGAAAGAGUCAGCCAGGCCGCCUCCUAUCCUGACGUGAAGGUUGCACGGACCCUACCCGUGGCUCAGGCAUACCAGGACAACCUGUACAGGCAAUUGUCUCGGGACUCUCGACAAGGACAGACAUCGCCUAUCAAACCAAAGAGACCAUUUGUGGAGUCUAAUGUUUAAGAGACAUUUGUUGGAGUGAGACCCAUAUGUUUUCACUGCACAUUUCCAGGCUUGGUUUUCACAUCUGAGGUAGUUCUCUGGCUUAAUUUCUCAUGUAGUUUCUGUGUGGUGUUCAGAGGUGACAGCCCACAUGUUGAAAUCCUUUGCAUGCAGCUGACUAGGAAGCUGGCCUCUGGUGAGCCAGGACUUUCUCGGGUCUGUGCCCCAGCCACAUGCUCUCUCCCUCUCUUCCGAUGCCAACAAGGAGAUUUUGUGCCGUGAGCUUUAACCAGGGAGAUCAGACACACUGGUCGGCUUUUUCCAGGAGACAAUCGCUUUCACUGAUGUUCUUGUUGUAUGAAUGUCUCUUUCCUUUUUAAAAAGUAAGAUGUUCUUGUUUGGUUUUUUUCUAGAAACUCUAGGAAGUGUGUGAUGCCUCUUUGUCCUUGGAUUCUUACUCAGUGUUCCACAUGGCCAGCCCCAGUGCGUUCCUGGGCCAUGGUCUCCUCCCCAGACUCCAGCUCCCUGCAGGCAUCAGGUCUAGAAUCUUCAUUUACUGUAUUGCUGGUCUUCCCCUGGGAUAAAGGGAUCUAGGGGAGAGUGAGAAGGAAAGAAAGCUGCUAAAUCAGAAGAAAAGCCCACUAUAAUUAUUUGGAAUGCUACCAUAUGGAUUUUCCAAGAGGCAUUUUGAGAACAUUUAGUAAACAUUCACCCUUUAAAUAAAUUGAUCAGCCAUGGAAAUUCCAGGAUGACUGUGGGUAUUUUUAAAACACUCACCAAGAGUGGGCUUUAACCACUAAAGGCUACUGAUUUUCCAAGGCUAGAGGAGGAAAUAGAUAUAGAGAAAAGAUAAAAAGGGGGAUAAAGAUUGUUCUUCCUUCCCACUGGAAGAAAUCUGUCUUGGAGACGUCUGCUUCUUAGAUCCUGAAACAGCACCGAGCAGACUGUUGAGGUCUGGCUGGUACAGUAACCCUCUUAGCUCCUCUUCCCCUGGAGCCAGGGGAACCUCGCUGCCUCACACCCAGAUGGUGUUAAGAAGGAACAGGUUCUUACAGAACCCACUUAGAUUCUCUUGGGACUGUCAGGCCCAUCCCAGGGUUUCUACCCAGGCCACUGCAUUUCAUGCCAGCUGUUAACUGAUGCCAUUUUAAGACCUCUGGUUUCAUUAUUCACUGUUUAAAGAGUUGUGUCUUUUGUCUAGGAGUGUUUAGGGGUAAUCUUUGAAAAUCAGAAAUAGCCAACAGUGUUGCAGACUCCUUUGACCCCUGGGUAGGGGCAUGAGAUUGACCACAGGCCUUCUCUUCCAUCAGCGUCUGCACAUCUAGGUCUUGUGGGUGUCUGCUGACCUGAGACAGCUGAGACAACUACGAGACAGGCAGCAGGAGCACAGGAGCUGAACUGCAGCACAGUCCUGUCUCUGGCUCAUGUCAGUUCUUAAAACCAAGCAACUCAGACCAGGAAACUAACCAGAGGUGUUGGUCCCACGUUCUUAGGGAACAUUUUACUUUUGUUAGUAAAGGGAUACAGGAAGGACAGUAUCUUGAACAAAAUCCAGCUGUGACCUGUUUGGAAUACAGGUUCUCUGAAAGGACCUAUGAGACAUGCAGAGCUUGACACUGAGAUCAAACGCCCUUUUCUCUGAUUUAGAUUAUGCCAGUAGAUGAAUCCCAAGCUGAAAAUGGAUCAGGACUCAUCUCUAUAAGCAGAACAGUUUUCAGUAUGAUAUGGAAGAACUGCCCCCAUUCUCCUAGACUAGGAGAGGCAUCAGUGAUCUCUUCCUACCUGUCCAUCCACCUGUCUAUAUCCCUUCCUACCUGUCCAUCCACCUGUCUAUAUCCCAUCUCUCCCAUCUGGAAGAGGAAGUUUAUAGCUGUGAGGUUAGCCUGUAGCUGGGAACAGCAACUUCUUGGCUCCUGGUGUGGCCUGGACACAGCCCUGUUGGUCUCUAUGUCGUUUGCUAUCUGAAGCACUUCUAAGAGAGUUCCUACAGCCCAUUAGAAAGUGCUCCUGCCUAUUUGGUAAGCCACACUUCCCUAGCCUUACCUGCCUAGGUGGGUUAGAAUGCCAUGCAGGCCUACAGAUACACUACAGCUGCCACUUUUCCCUCAUUUUUCUAGGAAAAGCAAGAGAAUAAAUGUCUCUACCCCCACCUGAGAGAGUGGCUGUCACUGCUGUGUGCCAGUGGGUUUCGACUAGAAAACACCAACAGGAACUUCUUGAGGCAGAAACUAAAACGAGGGUCUUCUAUAGAUGCAGACGCCUGCGCCCUGCUUUGCUACGUCACUGCCAUGGGUUGAUCUUAGUACUGUAUUCUGAAUGUGUCCCUCCCUUCCCAGCAACGAGCAUUUGCCAGGCACGGCUAGCUUCAGGAUGGAAGAAAUUUUUCGGAUGAAACUGGCAAAUUCUGCUCACUCAAUUCACAUCUCCCUUAAGUAGACAGGUGACAAACUUCAGCUUGUAGGUUUUCACCAAAAUGUCCCUUUGCCCACAAGCCUUGCACUAAUAGGUUCCCAUCACAUCAUGUCUAGAAAUGGGUGCACUUUACUGUGAGAAUUUGUAACUCUGGUAAAUACUGGAUAUUUAAGUGUGAGUAAUGUCUUCAUUAGAAAUUAGCAGAGUCACUCUUGUCUCAAGUGUGUUUUUCAAGAAAAAAAAAAACAAGGAAAGAAAUCAAGCAGUGGAUCACAGCAUUCAUAGCACAAGAACUGACUGUUGUAUAUAAGCCUCAACAAGAUUGAGAAUCUUUAAACACAAGAGAAUAUUUGCAGUGAUUUUAAAGUGCUUUCCAGCAAUUUUCUUAGGGACUCCUGAGACAUGGUUCAUUUAUUUACUGGAUCAGUAAGGCACACAAGUAACAGUUAAAAUUAAUGUUUAUUUACAAAGUAAAGGGAAAAUCUGUGUAACACGAGAAUUUGGCAUGGACAAAUGGAGAUCAUUUUGUAUCUGCUGUUGUGUCUGUCCAGAUCGCAGACGUGCACUAUUAAAAGCCCAAGUUAAUAGAGCACAGCCCCUCUUUCCUCUCCCAGGCGCCCCUUCUAGGUGUUUAACUGAAACUUGAUGGCUCAGGAAAAUUCCACUAAUUAGAAUCAUGUACAGUAUCCCAGGUUGUUGUCCAGAUAUCCAAGUUUGCUGAUUUUAGUUAAGCCUGGACUAUUAAACAUUUUUCCUAAAUUAUUAUAAACAGAACAGCUUAGAGAAAGGUGUUCUCAGCCCUUAUAUUGUAUAGUAGUUUAUGAUCUCCUCUAAAUAUUGGUAUUUUUAUAUUCCAGAGAUAUACCCAAUAGAAAAAUUUAAAACCAGUAUCUAAUUUAAUAUCCAUAAGUAUUUUUCCUUAGAGUUUAGUCAUGCAGUGGGAUAUGUGGAUGUCACGUGUGCUUCACCAUACUCUACCACUAGGUGUCACUGUGGCUCUGCAUCAUACUUACCUGGUUACAAAGAAUGGCUUUGUGGAGCUGCUGCCAGUGCCAAGGCAGACCCAUAGCCUGGAGGUUCAGGAAGAUGGGAACAGAGGCCUGGAGGGUCUUCAUGCAUCCAUGCCACCUUAGCAAGACAGACUCUGAACAGCACCUGUUUGGGAGGUUAGGUGGAUGGGCCUUUUCUCCCCUGAGCACCCCUUCUCUCAGUUCCACUCAGCCUCCAGCUUUUCUAACUCCACAAGUAUCAUGGUUGGGUGGUUUGAUUAAAGAUAGUUAUUUUUCUACUGCAGAAAUGCCUUGGACAAAAACAGUUGCUCACUGAAUCUUUGCCACUCAAUGGAACAGGCUCCCCAGGUGGCAGGAUAUGCUGCCUCUGUGCCCAUCCCUGUUGAGCCUCCCAGGGCUCAGCAGCCCCACCCACCCUGCCUGUCUACCCUCUGGCUGCCCAGUUCUCAAGAAGCGGUCUGCUGCCGCCUUUACUCUGGGGGCCACACUGCCCUGCCGCCGCCGCGUGCUUGUUGAGAGGUGUGACUUCUCCUUUUCCUCUGGGAAUUCCAGACUGACCAUCUACCAUGACUAACAAUGAACAAAGGGCUUAGGGGUAAGAGCUACCUACAAAGACGUGUCAUGGAAACCUUCACCAUGCAAUGCCUUGAACUCAGCUCUGGCUGCUCCCGAGACAAGGUGGCUGGCUAGGGGCCUGGACACAAGCACAACGGGGCUGGUGGAGCCACUGUGCAGAGCUACUUGAAUAUUCACUGGGUCUUCAUCAACUCCUUUUGUAAUACAGACCACUCAAGGGCUGAAGUGUUGGUAACCUUCAUUUCGGUGUCCAAUGCCUCACAGCAGCUGAGCCACCCUGAGAUGCUUGUGGUCACAUGAUGGCCACAGUCAGAGCUUUGAAAGUUGGUACCAAAUGAACGUAUAAUUGGACACCAAAAAUCAAGUGUUACUCUCAUGUUUCCUCACCCUGCCAUCUCGUUUCUCCUCCUGACUGUGAUCCCUACACUAAGCUGACCAGUCAGGCUACAGCUGGCUGCACGCAGAUGCCAGCCAGCACCAUCUCCGGGUUUCAGAUAGACCUACUCCGUGGGAAGGACUUGGCUAGCUGCUCUGUUCUGUAGCACUUGAUGGCUGGGUUUUCCCUUUGCUAAUCACUAACCAGGAAAUCUGGCUAGGACUCAAAUCACUCCCUUCAAUCCCCAGGACCAGAGAGAGAGUUAAUUCUGGAAAAUUCAGUACUUGAAUGUACCUGCCUUACUGUGUACCCAUUCACUGGGGGGGAGGGGGGGACUAGUGAUGCGGCUCUAGAUAGCCACUCAUUCACAUGUUAUUUUGGAAAUCCUGUAAGUUAUACUGUCCUGAUUUCUUUUGGUUUUUAAUUUUUUUUUUAACAUUUGGCUGAUUCCUGCUGAGUUGGGCCAGUUCCUGUGGGGCUCAGGGCAGGUGCCGUUCUCAGGCAUGGCCUCCCUUCCAUCUAGCACAGCGUCUGUCUCUCUGUUCUGUCUCCUCCAAAUCCAAGAUGAUUUUAAUUAGUACAGACAUGUACAGUCUACAAUUAAAGAGUGAUUUGUACUAAUAUGAUUUUGAUUAUUCCUCUUUGCUGUCCUUUCAAGACACUUGCUGGAAAAAGCUUUAAUGCACUUAGUUUUCCUCUAGGUUUUCUAUAACUCAGAUGUAAAGGACUUCCUCUGUACAGUAUAUUAUCCAAUGCAUGUUUGUUCUCUAGCCUAAUAUAUCGAACACCACACAGUCGUGAACUCGUGCAGUGGGGACACCCCACACCCAGCGGAGGCCUCCAGCCCCGUGUAUAAGGAAGACAUUUCCUUUGCUGUACUUGCUUGAACAGUUUUAUUGUCUGUACAUGUGAGCUGUGUGAGAUAGAUGUGAAAAGUUUAAAUGAAUGCAUUUUCCUGCCCAAUGUAUACAGAGCGUCAACUGUACAAUGAGCUGUAUGUAUGGAAGCAAAUGUACUUAUUUAUAAAUGGUCAACACUUGGAGAAA